GCGGGUCAUGGGGGGCUUGUGGUGAUGUCCUCCUCGUCCCCUCGAUGGGCUCACAGCUGGGGUUGUUUCCAUGCCGAUGCCACAUCUGGCCUCGGGUCACACAGGGCUAAGAGGCACAAAGGGGGCCGGGGAGAGGAUGGAGGGAGGUUUCCUUCUCAAGCAGCAGCUUGGGUUUUGCUGUGAUUGUGUCCCAAAAGUCGUUGUCUUUUAGGAAGAGCCUCAUCCUGAAGGUGCUUCCAGAUCGUUUUGAAAGGCAGUGGCUGCAGGGUGCAAUGGUGCGGUGGGCGCUGGCACUGGUGCUCUGCCUCUCCCUGGCUGCGGUGGCAUCAGCCGACUGCGUGACCCAGUGCUCCCUGUGUGCGGCACAGACCCAGGGCACCGAGACCAGCAUCCGGCCCCUGAUGUGCCUGUGGGAAUGCCAGGGCUCCUCACCCCCCGGCCCCGAGUGGGACACGUGCAGGAAGGCGCUGGCGCUCCUGGCCCCGCUGGUGGCUCUGGCUGAGGGGACAGAGCCUUCCCCUCGGGAGGAGGAGGAGGAGGAGGAGGAGGCAGAGCCGGAGCCGGGUCCUGGGGAGCAGCCACUGGUGCCAGCCAAGCGCUAUGGGGGCUUCAUGAAGAAGAUGUCCAAGGGGAAGCUGCUGUCCCUGCAGAGCGCACACAGCAAGGGCAGCCUGAGCAAGAAGGACUACCCGGGGCCGGCAGGGGCUGGGGGCCAGGAGCAGCCCAUGGGGGCCGAGGGGCAGGAGCUGCACAAGCGCUAUGGUGGCUUCAUGCGCCGCAUCCGGCCCAAGCUCAAGUGGGACAAUCAGAAGCGCUAUGGGGGAUUCCUGCGGAGGCAGUUCAAGGUGAACACGCGGGCGGAUGAGGACCCCAGCGCCUACUCAGGGGAGGUCUUGGACCUAUAGAGCCCGGCCCCACGUCCCCAUGCUGCCAGCCCGGACGGUGCCAUCACCCCCGACCCCAUCCCGUUCCAGCUGGCAUCAUCCCUGCCUCAUCCACACAGGGGACCAUGGGUCUCCAUCCCCAGUUAUCCCUCCCUGGUUCACCUGCCCAUCCCUUAGGGUACCCCGGGUACCAAGGGGACGGUGCCACCCCUCUGGCUGCUGAUGGUGCGGCUGUGGGUCCAACCCCAAGGCUCCUGGGGGGCAAAUCAAGGGGGACACACACACAUAUCCUCCACCCUCCCACAGCUGCAGAGCACAGCAGGGUCUGGGAAACACCAUGGCUGAUGUAGAGGGCAAUGGCCUCUGUGCACCAGGAAGGAUGAGCUGGAGCAUUGGACCUGUGCCCCUUCUCCCCCCCACCAGCCAAUAAAAGGCACAUGCCAACAAA